AUGGACGGGCUGGGCAGCAGCUGCCCGGCCAGCCACUGCCGCGACCUGCUUCCACACCCCGUGCUGGGCCGCCCGCCGGCUCCCCUGGGCGCCCCUCAGGGCGCCGUCUACACGGACAUCCCGGCCCCGGAGGCAGCGCGCCAGUGCGCCCCGCCGCCGGCGCCCCCCACCUCGUCCAGCGCCACCCUGGGCUACGGCUACCCGUUUGGUGGCAGCUACUACGGCUGCCGCCUGUCGCACAACGUGAACCUGCAGCAAAAGCCUUGCGCCUACCAUCCGGGCGAGAAGUACCCGGAGCCGUCGGGCGCCCUGCCCGGUGACGACCUGUCCUCCAGAGCCAAGGAGUUCGCCUUCUAUCCCAGCUUCGCCAGCUCCUACCAGGCGAUGCCCAGCUACCUGGACGUGUCGGUGGUGCCUGGGAUCAGCGGGCACCCGGAGCCGCGUCACGAUGCGCUCAUCCCCGUCGAAGGCUACCAGCACUGGGCUCUCUCCAACGGCUGGGACAGUCAGGUGUACUGCUCUAAGGAGCGCUCUGACAAACCUCAUCUAUGGCAGUCUGGGUUCCCAGACGUGGUUCCCCUACAGCCCGAGGUGAGCAGCUACCGGCGCGGGCGCAAGAAACGCGUGCCCUACACCAAGGUGCAGCUGAAGGAGUUAGAGAAGGAGUACGCGGCCAGCAAGUUCAUCACCAAAGAGAAGCGCCGGCGCAUCUCCGCCACCACGAACCUCUCCGAGCGCCAGGUCACCAUCUGGUUCCAGAACCGGCGAGUCAAAGAGAAGAAGGUGGUCAGCAAAUCGAAAGCGCCUCAUCUCCACUCCACCUGACCGCCUACCCGGCCACCUUCCCCCUCUAUUUAUGUCGCCGCUUUGUACCAUAACCGAACCCACCGAAGGACCCUUCGCCGGUGCAGACGAAUAUUUAAUGCUAACAAGAGAGAGGGACCGCGGCGGGGAGGCAGAGAGUGUCGGGGGCGGGGCGCUCUGCCGCCUCCUGCUCCCCACCCUAUCCUCACCCCCCACCCCCAUCCAGAUGGGACCUGCUGGGUCUCAGCGGCUUUGGAGGUGGGUCCUGGAGGGCUGUGGGAAGCAGGCUGCUGGCCCCCCACUCCCCCUCAUCCCUCUCCUUGCCAGAAAGCCCAGUGGCAGCGAAGAGCCCGGUCAUUCCAACCAAAGCAGGGUUGGAGAACCCCCAGUAACCCCAUUCUUGCCUCUUCCUUUGCCGAGCAGGUAGACGACCCCCCUGAGGGUGCGAUCUCGGUACAGGACCUGGUGAGCUUAUAAUUUCCUCCCAGUUCCUCCCCCUACUCCCUGUCCCUACUACACUCCUUAGUUAGGUAAGAAUUCCCAUGUAAGAUUUUCUGUGCACAUUUUAAAAGUCGCGUUAAUAUUAACGAUAAUUAUUAGGGGUCUGGCACCGUGAUUGGAAUGCAGGCAGCGCAUAGGUUUUCUUUCUUUUCUCUCUGUUU